UUCAUCGCGCCGGUGGCACACAACUCUUGCAACAGAGAAGCGCGUGCGAGAAACUAUUGCAAAUCGUUACUGAAACAGCGCCAACAUGCGCAUAACAUAAUUUAACAUACAAAUUAACCAACUGCCAAAAAAGUGUUGAAUGUGUGGUGCUAAACUUACGUUUUGACUUACAUUUGAAUAAGUUGCGAAAAAAUUAUGCAAAAAUGCGAAUUGAUGAAGAAAAUGAAUGAAUUAUGUAAAAUUGUGCUUCGAACAAUUCGACAAUAAUUUAUCGAGCACGUAACUAGACUAGACAAGACGUCAGGAAAAACAAAAUCGACGAAGAACUAUAGAAAACUUAUACAACGCCGCUUUUAUUCUAAUAAUAUUUUAAUUAAUAAUGGAUUAUGUUAAUUAUUAUAUCACGAUACUGAUCAUAACGGUAAAUUUGGAUCUCUAUGAAGCUAUAACUAAUACAGGACCACACGAUGGUUCAUCUAUACCCAAAGAUUUCAAACGUCACAUUGGUCUCGCUCCUGAAACUAACUGGGAGCCAGGAUUACGAGAAGCAGCUCACCAAACACUCGUCAAAGAACGCGUCACCUUGAAUCAUUUACGCGCAAAGAUUCUUCAAGCUCCAAUGUCUGGACAAGGCGCAAAAGUAUCCCCAUUCGGAGACGUUGCCAUACUAGCACGGGGACAACUUUUUGCCAAUCCCGAUGGAUUUCGCUUCGUGCAAGAUCCGCAUCCAAACGAUUGCAUCGAUUGUCAUGAAUUGAGACAGUGUUAUGGUAAGGAGUGCGAGAUCUACCUGCAUAACGGGCUGGGUGAGCGUCUCAUUGCAUUGUGGACUGUAAAACGCCUUCGUCAUCGUAAUCCAGACGUCAGAUACGAGUUGGAAUAUAGUGUAUCUCCAAUUAGAAAACAUGUAUGGGUCACAAAGAAUGGAGGAUAUGAUUAUUCUAUUCCCGGGCAUGUUUUUGUAGUUAAAACUGGGCAGAGUCAUUCUGGACACUCACAAAAUGGAUACUUCACAGGAACUAACCAAAAAGAAUCGCAUGAUAAGUAUCCGGAAUUGCCGCAUUACCCGCAUCCCGCUGUACCUCCAAAAGUUCAUUCAAACAAACAUCCGUUUGGGCAGAAUAAGCCGCCAUUAAAUACUGGGGAAUGGGUACAGAUAAAUCAACCACCUCCACUGCUAGCACCACCAAUGACAAAUAAACUACCAAAUUAUUAUCUACCUCAGAAGUUUCCUGUAGAUCAAACAGCGUCAACCUCUCAGAAGGAUGCUCAACCUACUUUAGAUUACGCUGAAAUAGAAGCCUAUAAAAAUUUACUCCAAGUAUUGCAUCAGAAGACCAGUACAACAGGGCAAAAGUAUAAACCCACGAAAGUUACGCCUCCUUCGAGAGGAACAACUCCAAUCAAAACCACACCUACAACCACCUCGGAACUUCCAACAAGACCUCCUUUGAGUCAUACUACAUGGCUGAUCCCAUCAACAACAACAAAACUAACAAGACCCACGACUAAAGUAACUAAACCUACCACAAGUACAACAGCCCUUACAACAGAACGUCCCAGAACAACAAAAUUCAUCGAAACAACAAGGACAUCGAUAUUUACGAGACCUCCAGUAGAGCCGACAACAUCUUAUGAUACAACAAGACAUACCUUCAGUACAUCUCAAACUAGACCAGAAACAACUUCCAAUUUCCGCCCAACAAUAUUCAGGAGCAAUCAUCAACUUCAGUCAAGCAACCAACAAAAUCUCAAACAAUUUACCAACAACUGGGUGGUUUCGAGUCCAGUAAAGGACAAACACAUCGUCCGACUCAAGCAAUGACAACUUACAACCCAAACAAAACCUGCGUCAACGCAACCAUCAAAAUAUCCGAUUAAAACCACAAUUCCCAUGACGCAUUUACCAACUCAACCAUCAUUUACAAUUGCCUCCAGUCAAGAUACUUCAAAACAAAAGGAAACAACGCAACCAAUGACAACAUACACAACAAGAAGGAAACCAAAACCAACACGACCUAUGACUUCUCAAAGUCCAGAACCAACAAAACCUAUAACAACUGUAGGCUUGACUCGUCCAUCAGAUGGAGAAACAACAUCCACUUUCCUAUUUUCUACCAAAGUAACACCACCAUUUGGAUUAGGAUUUACCAAACCACUGGGAUAUCCUUCUACACAAACUGCAAAUACAAUUUCAACCUUCUAUGGUAAACCGGGACAUAGUACAAUUUACCAAACCAAUGCUGGUAAUACAGAUUACUAUAAGACAACUUUGCCAAUGAGAUAUCCAACUAGUAGUACAAUCCCGGGAAGUACUCAAUAUGGUAGUACCUACCAAGGUGGAGAUACAACAAUACCUGUGAGAGGUGCAGGUAGUACUACCCCAAUUAGAGGUACCGAACCGGGUACCACUUAUGGUAGCACUACUAAUACAAGAUAUCCUACAACUCAAUAUUUGCCAAGUACUACAUCCGUAUUUAAUAGACCAACAACAAUUUAUACCGAAGGGACAAGAGGUACUACCAUUGAUGAUCACAGAACUUCAAUUUCCACACAACAGCAUGGAACUGGAGCACCUACACGGCCCACUGGUCUUUUGGAAACAACAAAAGUGACGUUCCCAACAACAAAUGGAUAUCAGCGACCAAUACCAACAUUCUUCAUAGAUCCUACACACCCCGGUUAUCCCAAAACCACACCAACAACACCCUUCACAGAUGGACAAGCAUUCAAACCAAGUCAACCAGAUCCAGUAUACCAUCCACCGCCACCUUUGACAAGACCAUCAACUGUUUUCACACCUACGACUAGACCUACAUUAAACCCCAUUACCAAUAGAAAUACAGUCACCCAAGGAGGUCAAAGCACUACAAACAAAGACCAAAAUGGUCUCAUAGGAGCCCAUACAGGAACCACUUUGCUGGUACCAUCAUCAACGGACAGAUACACUCCACCAUCAACAGCCCAUGCCCAUACGAUCUCUAUACCAACAAAAUUGCCGAAACCAAGCACACCAUUCAAGAUUCCUGCUAUAGACGACUACGAUGUUGAUCUCUUCCCUCGGGACCCAAAUGCAAUUAUCACUACAACCACUACCAAAGCACCGGCAACAAUACCCACGGGCGAUUUCAUCUUACAUGAAGAAAACUACAAACCACAAAUAUUAAUUCCAGAUUUAAAUCAAGAAGAAGUCGAUGUUUUCGAUCCUCUUGAUCCUGUACCAAGUACAACUGAAGGACCAACCACCACCAUCAAUCCUAUUGAAAUAAAAGAAGUUUUUGACUCUGCCACGUUCAAACCAAAGCCACCCAUAGACGAAAGCGUCUUUGAUGAGUUUUUCAUACAAAACACUCCUUCUAGUACUGCAGCCGCAUUAGAUGAAACCGGUCCCAAGGUCAUAUACGCAGAUUUCUUCGAAGCUUCGACUGUACCACCUACACGAGUACUAGAAGCAUUUACUACUAUUCCCAGCACGAGUCAAAGCUAUAGCACAUCCGUAAGUUUUGAAGUAAAUAAUAAAUAUAAAAAUGGUAAUAAUUCCAAUGGCACUGGAGGUAAAAAGAUUGUAAAGAAACUUAAAUUCCGGAAAGCUAAAGUGAAAGAACUGCAUCAACCUGAUGGUGACUAUAAAGUAUAUAAAGCGGAACACCCUGAAACACCACAACAACCGCAAUCAGAUCAAGAUCUUGUCGAAAAUAUUGAAAUCAUACACAAUGGUAAUCGUCCGGAAGUAGCUCCGCGACCUAGGUAUGGACCAAAUGGUAGAAAAUACAAAAACAAGUUGAAACCAAGCUCAACAGCAACAACUGGCGUGACUAAAGCUUUCGAUGAUCUUGCCCUGCAGCUCGUAAAUCAUGCGAGAACUAUCGAUUAUUUGGAAGGCAAGACCACUGAAAUUACUCCUGAAGUAACCAAACCUAAAAUAACUCAGCGUGUUGGCAAUGGUAAUAGAAACGCCAAAACACCAAGUAAUACAAACUUGCAAAAUCGCAAUAAAUACAAGCGGAAAAGUUAUGGUCGGGUGAGAAAAGUGAAGAAACGAACGGAGAAUAAAGCCACAAUAACGAGGACUAAUCGUGGAGCGAUCAAAGCGCACAACAGCACAAACCCGAGCACAAAGUCGGAAACAGAGAGUAAAGUUGUUAAACCGGUAAAAAUUGUUGAGAAUAUUGACGAAGCAGGUAAAAGCGACAAUUAACUAACUGUAUAAUAUAUAUUGUAUAUUGCUAAAUGAAUUUACUUAUUAUUUGAGGCAUAAAUUAUUCAAAAGUGAUUAAUAUAUUAAUUCUCAACGUAUGUAAUCAAUAAAUUAUGUUAUUAUAACAGAAAACAUUUAAAAAGCAUUAAUAUCCAGCAACUAUGUAUAUAUAAAACUAGUCUCAUGCAAAUUGAGAUGCUAUAAAAAUUAAGAGCAAUUGUUAAUACAGCGCGUGUAAUCUCGGAGCAAUGGGAAAGCACAUUGCAUAUUUGCGAUCCAAAUUGGUCAACAGAGUGAAGCCUAGAGACAUCUGUAUGUUUUACUAGGCAACACAGGUACAACUCGGCACUUUCGUCGCUCAAGGCUACACUUUAACACUUGAUAUCCGCCACAAGCGGAGGGGAAUAUUCGCAGACAGGCCAAGGUUACUGAUGGCGCUGCAGGUACCAAUGAAUUCUAGAUGUUUCAAACAACAUUUUA